AACCAAAUCAUAUUAUAUAAGGAAAGGGAGUUAAUUUAAGGAAAAUUACUUAUUAAAAUACAGUGGGAAAAAGAGUCUUUAUCUAUUCUAUAUUCCACAGAUCUCAUUUGUCAUAUGACAUUUGUUUUAGUUAGAAAGGAGAAUUUGGAGAGAAAAAGUUUUUUUUGAUUUUGGUUUUUGGGUGACUUCAUAAAGAGAUAAAGGAAGAAAGAAAACAAUGGGAAAGAGAAGGAUGGAAAGAGAGAGUAAUCCAUUCUUUUUGUCCUUUUGAAUAAAACCCCACUUCUUCAAACAAUUUCAUCCCCUUUUCUUUCAUUUUCUUCUUCUUCUUCUUCUUUCUUCCUUCCUUAGGGCCCAAUUUCCAGUUGUUUUUUCUACUUGGAUUUUGAAUAAGUGAAAGAACGAAAAAAAAAUGGUGACUGGUUGGAGAAGGGCUUUCUGCACUUCUAUACCAAGAGACAGAGAACCCAAAGUUUUGACAGAGAGACAACAGCAUUGCGACGAUGGAAGUAGCAACCUCCGUAGCCCCAAAAUCACCUCUAAAUUUGGGUUUUUCUCUAACCCGUCAACCCCUCGUUUACAAUCUCAACCUGUGUCUACUCCAAGUCUCCGGUGCCGGACCACCGUUACUGCCGCCACCACCCCCAAUUCCUCCCUACCCAAUAGCCCAAAACUUCAUUGUAACGUAUCUACAACACCUAAGAAGAACCACCACAACCCCAGCAACAGCCCAAGAUUAUUCAAUUUGUCUAACCCAACAUCUCCAAAAUCACCAUCUAGCUUCUCACUCCUCAAAUCCACUUUAAGACUCUCUAAGACUCGAUGUGGAAUAUGCUUAGAGAGCGUAAAAGCCGGACAAGGAACCGCCAUUUUCACGGCCGAGUGUUCUCAUUCGUUUCACUUUCCUUGCAUUGCUACCCAUGUCAAGAAGAAUCAAAACCUUGUUUGUCCGGUUUGCAGUGCGGGCUGGAAGGAGCUCCCCUUCUUAUCCUUCCACCAUAGCCAGAGCUUGCAAAGUUCUGGAGCCAAUAAGAUCAGUAGCUCCGACCCAGUGAAACUCAAAGACGUGAAAGCCAAGUCGUUGAGGGUCUACGACGAUGACGAGCCUCUGAUGUCACCAACCUCCGGUACACGAUUUAAUCCCAUUCCUGAGACGGACGAAGACGAAACUGAACAAGGUGAUGAAAACUCCGUUUCCGAGUUCCAAGGCUUCUUCGUCAAUCCAGCUGCCACUACGAGAUUAGUUAAAGACAGUAAUCGAAAUAUUGGCAACGUCGAGAUGAGGCUUUUACCUGAUGCAGCAAUUGUGUCCGUGGGGAGAAAUUACGAGACGUAUGCGGUGGUCUUGAAAGUCAGGGCUCCAGCGUCUCAGGCUGCGAAAACAAUAUCUUCGUCAUCGAUUUUGAGCCCUGGGCAAAGAGCUCCGAUCGAUUUGGUAACGGUUGUGGAUGUCAGCUCCAGCAUGAGCGGUGCAAAAAUCCAAAUGCUGAAGCGAGCUAUGCGCCUGGUGAUAUCAUCCCUCGGUUCUACGGAUAGGCUUUCCAUCGUCGCCUUUUCCGCUACUUCGAAGAGGUUGCUACCUCUGAGAAGAAUGACAACCACUGGAAGAAGAUCGGCGCGUCGGAUUGUUGACGCGCUCGGUACCGUCGGCCAGGGCAUGUCCGUAAGCGAUGCACUCAAGAAGGCCGCGAAGGUUCUAGAAGACCGGCGCGAAAAGAACCCCGCAGCCACCAUCAUGAUGCUCCUAUCGGACAAUCCUUCGGCCAGCGAAGAUGAUCAACAUCGCCAUAAUCGAACCGGUCGAUCCCUCUCUCCUUCGGUGUCGUCCAGUCGCUUAUCUUCUUACCUCGAUGUCCCCGUCCACACCAUCGGAUUCGGAGAUCCUUCGUCUGAGGAUGCGUUCACUAAGUGCAUCGGCGGGCUUUUGAGCGUUGUCGUAUCCGAUCUCCGUCUGCAGCUUGGAUUGAUAGCCGGUUCAUCUUCGGCGGAGAUCGCUGCCGUUUACUCUUUGACCAAUCGGCCGACGGUGCUAGGGUACGGUUCCGUCCAGUUGGGGGACCUGUACGCAGACGAAGAAAAGGAAUUGCUAUUGGAACUGAAAGUUCCUUCUUCUACUUCCAUUGGAGCGCAUCACCAUGUGUUGUCAGUACGAUCCUCUUACCGAGACCCAUCGUCUAUGGAGCUAGUUUACUCCAGAGAACAGACUCUCCUCAUACCUCGCGCCCAGGCCGUCCGAUCAUCGUCGUCUUCUCCGAAUAUCGAGCGGCUGAGAAAUCUCCACGUGGCGACGCGAGCAGUGGCGGAGUCUCGGCGUUUGGCUGAGCACAACGAUCUCACUAGCGCCCAUCACUUACUCACUUCAGCUCGAGCUCUUCUCAUUCAGUGUGGCUCGGCUUCGGCUGAAGAGUACGCGCGCGGCUUGGAAGCCGAGCUCUCCGAGUUAAACAGGCUUAGGUAUCUACAUCAGGCGCAGCAAAGCCAGAGACAGAGAAUUACUGUUACGAGCCAGCGAGAUUCCAAUAAUAGAGCAGAAGAUAAGUCUGAGCCGCUUACGCCGACAUCGGCUUGGCGCGCUGCUGAAAGACUGGCUAAAGUAGCCAUUAUGAGGAAGUCGAUGAACAGAGUUAGCGACUUGCACGGCUUUGAAAAUGCAAGAUUUUAGAUUUUUAUUUCUCUUUUUCUUUUUUUUUUUAAUUUUUAAUAUCUUGUAAUACAAAGGAAUAUAUUUGAAUAUAUCUGGAAAGGAAGUAAAAAAUAAAAUUUUAAAGUGGAAAAAGAAAAA